CAGUCCCCUCCUCGCUUCACUUUUAGAGAGAGGGGAUAUUUCUAGCUUGGAACAGCCAAGGCAGGAACAUCAAGCAGAUUUUCUUCUCCGGGGCAGCAGUCACUGUUCAUUCCAGAGGUGUACCAUGUUCUUCAGAUUAUGGUGGCUUUUGUUCCUGGCUGACCAUCUAUUUUUGGCACAAAAUACCAAUGAAGAAAAAAGAAAUGCAGUGAAAAAACAAAAGUCCAAACCUUUCCUAUCAAAUGCAGUAGAAAAAUACCCUAGCUCAAGCGACCAAGAUGAAGACUGCAUCCUGGAAAUGGCUUUCCUCCUGGACAGCUCAGAGAGCGCUAAGAACUUCAAUCACGAACAGCAGAAAAACUUUGUCUUGGAGAUAGUGGACAGAAUGAAAGGACUGCAACUCACCUCUGGACGUACCCUCAGCUGGAAGAUAGCCUUACUCCAGUAUAGCAGCACUGUUCUCAUAGAGCAAACUUUCAAAGACUGGAAGGGCCCGGAUGCUUUUAAAUCUCGCAUCGCUCCCAUAACCCACAUAGGGCAUGGGACCUACACUACCUACGCAAUCACCAACCUCACGCAACUGUACAUGACCGAAGGGACUCUUGGUAGUGUGAAAGUUGCUGUGCUGUUGACAGAUGGAGUAGACCAUCCAAGAAACCCAGACAUUUUUUCAGCUACUGCUGAUGCUAAACAUCAAGGUAUUGUGUUCUUCACAGUGGGGAUGACCAGAGUAGCUGAGGAGGUGGCCAAUGCUGCCAAGCUCCGGCUUCUUGCUAGCGUUCCUGCAUCCAGGUUUGUCUUCAAUCUGCAAGAGAAAGGAAUUGUGGAAAGAAUUCUCAAUGAAAUGAAAGAUCUGGCAGAAGAAGGGUGUCCACUGCCUCCCAUAUGUAACUGUGAAAAAGGAGAAAGGGGUCUACCGGGUCCUGCUGGUAAAAAAGGUCGCCCUGGUGAUGAUGGAGCUACUGGUCCAAAGGGAGCUAAGGGAGAGCCAGGCUUAAAUGGAAUUCCAGGAAGAGAUGGGACGGAGGGGAAGUCUGGAUACAAAGGAGAAAAGGGUGAAAGAGGUGAAUGCGGAACACCAGGAAUAAAAGGUGAUCGAGGCCCAGAAGGUCCAGGUGGUCCAAGAGGACUCCGAGGGCUCCAGGGUCCUCAAGGGUCACCUGGAGAUGCAGGGCCCGAAGGAGUGCAGGGGUCAAAGGGCGAACGAGGCCUCCCUGGCCCUGCUGGAUUAACUGGAGAAACUGGAGUAGGAUUACCUGGCCCAAAGGGAGAUAUUGGUAUAACGGGAAGACCAGGUCCUGUUGGCCCACCAGGGGUUGGAGAACCAGGUUUACCGGGACCUCAAGGACCACAAGGUAUUCAGGGAGAAAGAGGAUCACCAGGAGAAGGUCUCCCAGGUCCAAAGGGAGAUCGUGGUUUUGAUGGCCCAAAAGGUCCUCGGGGGCAACCAGGCAUUGGCAUCAAGGGUGAGAAGGGUGAAAUUGGCCCUCCUGGUUUGCCUGGGCCCAUUGGAUUGCCCGGUGUUGGAAUUCAAGGAGAGAAGGGAGUAGAAGGCCCAAAAGGCCCACCAGGGCCAAGAGGGCCCCCAGGACAGGGGUUAGCUGGACCAAAGGGUGAUCAAGGUUUGCCAGGAGAAACUGGCGCUCCUGGAGAAAGGGGUCUUGGAGAACCUGGUGCAAAGGGGGAACCAGGUUCUUCAGGGCUGGCAGGCCUACCUGGCCUUCCAGGAGAAGACGGUGCACCAGGACAAAAGGGAGAACCAGGAUUGCCUGGCCUUCGUGGUUCAGAAGGGGCUCCUGGGAUUGGGAUACAGGGUGAAAAGGGGGAUCAAGGUCAAAGAGGUAUACGUGGACUACCAGGACCAACUGGCGUCGCUGGACCUGCAGGAGCUAAAGGUGAACCUGGUGCUCCAGGACGUCUUGGAAUGCCCGGUGUUCCAGGACGAGCUAUUAUGGGACCAAAGGGUGAUAUUGGAUUACCUGGACCUCCUGGCCCAAUUGGAGAACAGGGAAUAGGGAUUCCUGGUGCUAAGGGCGACCGUGGACACCCAGGACCACCUGGACCAUUCGGGCCAAAGGGAGAUGGAUUUCCAGGCCCGACAGGACUUCCUGGGCUUCCAGGAGCACCUGGGGAGCAAGGCCCUGAAGGGAUUGGAUUAUCUGGACCAAAGGGUGAUCCAGGUAUCAGAGGACCAGUUGGUCUCCCAGGCCCCCCAGGAGAAGGCCUUCCAGGGUCAAAAGGUAAUGUUGGACGACAAGGGCCACCUGGACCACUAGGACCUCCAGGUGAAGGUAUCCAAGGACCAAAGGGUGAGCAAGGAAUUCAAGGAAUACCAGGGCCUCGUGGAACUCCUGGGGAAGGACUUCUUGGACCAAAGGGUGAUCGUGGAGCUGCAGGUGAAAGAGGAAGAAAAGGAGAGAAAGGUAAUGUGGGCGAUCCUGGAGCAGCAGGGGAACCUGGCAAAACUGGAACAAAAGGAGAGCAAGGCCUCACAAGAGAAGAUAUCAUUAAACUGAUUAAAGAGAUCUGUGGCUGUGGUAUUAAAUGCAAGGAGAUACCCAUGGAGCUUGUAUUUGUGAUCGACAGCUCGGAAAGUGUUGGUCCGGAAAACUUUGAAAUAAUCAAAGAUUUUGUUACUGCUUUAGUAGACAGAGUGACCGUAGGCAGAAAUGCUACCAGAAUCGGUCUCGUCCUCUACAGUUUGGAAGUUCGGCUUGAAUUUGGACUUAAUAGAUACACUACCCAGCAGGAUGUGAAACAAGCCAUCAGGAAAAUGUUAUAUAUGGGCGAAGGUACUUACACGGGGACUGCCAUCCGCAAAGCUACUCAGGAAGGAUUUUUCGGGGCCCGAACUGGUGUAAGGAAAGUUGCUAUAGUCUUAACCGAUGGCCAAGCAGAUAAGAGAGAAGCUGUUAAGCUGGAUUUUGCUGUCCGAGAAGCUCAUGCAGCCAACAUUGAAAUGUAUGCGAUUGGAAUUGUAAACGCCUCGGAUCCAACCCAAGUUGAAUUUUUGCGUGAAUUGAAUCUGAUUGCAUCAGACCCUGACAGAGAGCAUAUGUAUCUCAUAGAUGACUUUAAUACUCUUCCAGCUCUGGAAUCCAAACUUGUGAACCAGUUUUGUGAAGAUGAACAUGGUGCCUUGAUAUAUAAUCGCCUUGGAAACGGAGGAGGCAUAAAUGGACCAUCCAUUCUCUCAAUAGUUUCUCAUCCUUCUCAAUACUUAUUUCAAACUAACAGUAAUACUGGACAGUCGGUUUCAUCUAUCACAUAUGAAACACCCAUGAAAGAGAAUUCCAUAAAUCCUGAACAGCUUUCUCAGCCAUUAACCCCGGCGAAAGAAUCACCCAAGAGACUUUAUGAAAGUUCUAACACUGGAUUGAAUAAUCGAUCCUUGUCUCCAGAAAAUACUGAAGUAGUGACAUCAACAUCAUCACCACCACCAUCAUCAUCUUCAUCACCAUCAUCAUCUUCUUCACCUCUGCCACCACUGCCAUCAAUACCGCCAUCAAAACCACAGUCAUCCUCCCAUUCGCCAGCUUCUUCCCUAGCACCUACGCUAAAGCCAGAAAAGACCCCGACUCCACAAUGUAAAUUACAAUUAGAUCAAGGACCAUGCCGGACAUAUAUAAUAAAAUGGUAUUAUGAUAAGCAAGCUAAUUCUUGUGCUCAGUUUUGGUAUGGUGGCUGUGAUGGCAAUGAGAAUCGCUUUGAAAGUGAAGAAGACUGCAAAAAGACCUGUGUAUUUUUCUCCGGAGAUGUCUGAAGAAGAAUGUUAAUGGAGAGGUCCACCAAGGAGACUUCAACUGGAAAGGCCUUUAUUCCAGCCAAAGGAUAACAGAUUUGGUGUAUAUGUAUUAAGGUGGUUUUAUGUUUUGAACUUAAGGCUGCUAUCCCCAAGCCACUUAUUCUAGUAAAUGGAGUCAAUGGAGCAGUUGGUAUCCUGUUUCUGGAAAUGCACAUUUAUUUGGAGAUACAGUGUUAACACAGUGGAAUCAAAGAAACUAGAAAUUCAAAUGUAUGCAAAAUUACUCCAGUCAAAGCCUACUGAAGAACAAAAAGUUUAGACGAGAGAAAAUCUACACAUGGUUAUACCGUUGAUUUGGAGCUAAACUGAAACCUCAUGCUUCAUAGAUUGCAAAAAAGGGAAGGGGGGUGGUUAGGCUAAUUGCACCUCUAAAUUUUGCAAAAAAAAAUUCAGAAGUCAAAGACAGGUCAUAUGGAUUAGACAGAAUUACUCAAAACAUAAAUUGCAGAAGUAAACAGAAUGAUAUUCUUGCUUUGAGAACCCUUCAAGGCAAGAGACUCAAGGGGAGGGCGGUAUACAAAUUCAAUUAAAUUAAAAAAAAAUAACAUAAAUUGAAGGAAUUGAAACUAAUAGUUCAUUCCUAAUAAUUCUGCUCCACAAUACAGCUUACUGGAAGGUGGAAAAAGGCAAUGCAGCAUAGAUACAAGCCCGGUUGGGAAGGUGCAACAUUCCAGCCCCUUAAAGGGGCUUGAUGCAUUUCUCAGCAAUUAUCUGUCUCCUAGAAUCCAUCAGUCCUUUUACAGCCUAAUCCUAUUCAAUUAGGCACACUUAAGUAUAUUUAUGUCAGUGUGCUUAGCUGGGCUUAACUACAUAGCAUCUGGUAGACUCCAUAAAUCCUGAGACAUUAGCAGAGAAGCAAACACUUGUUCCUCAAAAUGAUAUUUUGCAAUAUAAAGGUGGAGGUGUUUUAUGGAAAUAGUCAAGGACUGUGGUGGGAGGGAUGGUUGUUCUGUCCUGCACCCACCAAUCCCGCCCUAAAAAAAUGCUUCACUGAAACUAGAUAGACUUAACCACAAUUGUAAGAGAGAAAGUGAGUUAGAACGAGUUAAAAUGGCAAGAUCACUGGGCGGAAAGGUGAAGCAUCUCUUCUCGACUACCAAGUCUUCUGUGCAAAUGCUCCCUGCCUCUUUAUUUUUUCCUCUGUUAAGAAACCUGUGCUUUCUGUAUAAUGUUUAGUGGUACAACUCUUUGGAAUUUAGGAAUCUAGAGGUGCUAGAUUUUCCAGGAAAUCUGGUCAGUUCCUAUGGUUUUUGCAAAACUGUCCAAUAAUCUAACAAGAGCUUCUGGAGUCCAUAACUGCUGUUUCUGCCUUUAUCAAGAACACCAUAAAAGCCUCCUUACAUUUUUUUUCAGGUACUAUAAGGACUAUUCUGGAGUAAUGACUGAGGAUUGCUACACCGGCCAAAGUUACUCAGCAAAUAUUAGGGUUAGAAGUUAAAUAUUUAUGCAGCCUAGCUAGGAAUAAGGCCCCCUGAACAAAGUAGGAUUUCCUUCUAAGUAAAUAUGCAUCAAAUUAGGAGAUCUGCAUCAGCUAUUUCUUUCUUGUAUCAAAGCCUAAAAAAGGGAAAAAAACAGUAACAAAGAAUUAUUGGUCAACACAUUGGAACUUUAUUAUUUCAUGUUUCACAGUUUCUUUUUCUUCAAAUGAUUUCUGGCUGCUUUGAGACAUACAUCAUGACAAAUUAAUCAUUCUUUAAGUAGCUGCAAGCCUUUUUCACAUGAUUUGUAUUCUGUAGAUUUUCUAUCAGGAUCUUUUUGUAUCUUGAGUUUGCAAUAUGGUUUGGUAAUUGCUGAAAAAUUGCAAAAAAAGCCACACAGGUGCACACUCUGUCAAAUAGCAUUAUGAAGUGGAAGCUGUAUUAAAACUACAGCGAAAGCCCAAUUUUCUCAGAGCUGUAUGUCAUGAAAUGUCUAUGCUGCACUAACAUGCUAGUUAGGCUAUUCAAACUCCUACUGCCAUUAGAUAAAUUUAACAUCUGACAAUACACAAUAAUUAAAAUGGUGCGUCAAACUCAUUCUUGAUACACAGCAUCAGACAUAUGUAACUAAAUAUGAUUUAGAUUCCCAUCCUGGACAGAUUUGUUUAUAAUCAAGUUGCAAUUUGAUGCUUCCUCUCACACAUUUCUCACAAAAGGAACAGAGCUUGACAUUAAUGUGUUUCAGCAAUGCGCUGGGCUUCUGUUGAACAGUACAGCACACAAAUUUUCAUGGCCAGUGCAGACCUCUGACUUCUUCCUCAUACUAUUUUAGAAAGAGUCCUCAACAUCUCUGGGGUCAUUUUGUCUUGCAGUGGUCAUUUUCAGCAAGGCCCAAGCCACAAUGAAGCCAAUUUGAAUAUCAUGUUAGCACAGUAAACCUCUAAAGCUUCCUCAAAGCCGUUCAAACACAAAUCCAAUCCAAUUCAAUCCAAAAACCUUUAUUAGGCAUAAACCAGAAGUACCAUACAUUCCAAAUACAAAAACAGGAUCAUUGUUAUAUAUCAUGUAGAACAUGGAUUAAAAAUGUAGCAACUGCUUCAGAAAUUUCUAC